AUUUACCCCCGCAACCCCUCAUAGUCAAGAACAAGAUCAAGACUUUCUCUCAAAAUGUGCAUGAAAGUGAACUGCUCGAACUGCAACAAAGCCACCUGGUGGGGCUGCGGCGCGCAUAUCCCCUCCGUUCUGGACUCGGUUCCGGAGAGUGAGCGCUGCACUUGUGCGCCCAAGGUGGUGCGCGAUGGAAAGGAGUACCCGCCUAAGGCGGAGAAAUGACUAUCUGCGGGGUGUGUUGUUUGUUAGGUAGAUUGAGAGGGGGGUUGGUGAUGAUAUUAUGGGAUGUUGAUGGGGCUAAUCUAUGUUUAUCUUGGGAUAGGACCGAGUGGUAGUGGGUGCUAGAUACGGAUUAUGAUUCAUACAAUGUACUAAACUUUCUUCUCUGUUUUGGUGUGUGGUGGUGGAGUUAGUUGAUUUGAUGAGAUAGAUGUCGUCAUGAAGUACGUGUGUUGAACUGGGACAUGUAGGUCGUUGCCGAUGCGUGCUGAUGUUAAUCCUUUGAUAAAUGGGGCCAGCUUUCGGAAUUUGUAUAGACCAGGAGUAGAAGCAUGCCCGGCAAGGUUGUGUGUAUGCCUUACAUGUUUGUUGUCUCAGGAGAGAGGAUAUCGGGGUUUGGUUAUAUUAGUUGGGUUGGAAACACAUAAGAGAUAGGACGAAAAUGGGAAAAUUAAGCUGAGCAUAAUUUAAAAGCAUGAGAGUAGUG